AUGCUUGCUGCUGUAAGAGAUAGACAAUGUACAUUCUUUCAAAUAGAAAAUGUACGUGAUGAUGAAACACAUAUAACUCAAUUGAAACACAUUACACUUGAUUGUUGUAUUGAAUCAUUUUCUUGGUUAAAUGCAAGGACUUUUAUAUUAUUCGAUUUGUCUGUACGUGUACAUGAUAUUGAUCAACAUUCUGAAGAACAAUUAGAAUGUUUAUUUUUAUCUUAUUGGGAACUUAUUUAUAAUACAAUAUUUUUCAAAUCAUUAGCUAGUGGUGGUAAUGUUUCUUCAGCAUUAGCAUUAGCGGGUUAA